ACUACUACUCGGCCACAAAUCUUCCUUCCCAUCCAAACCAAAACAAUGGCUAGUGUGUCAUGUUUUUGUUCUUCACGCUCUUCUUGUACCCCUACGGUGCAGCGUCGCUAGCCAACGGAGAUGUCACCGCUGUGCAAAUGCACGCACUCCUGUCCUUGAGGGGCAUGGUGUCCGAUCCAUUUGGCUCACUCCUUUCUUGGAACAGCUCCAACCACCCGUGCAAGUGGCGUGGCGUUGGAUGCAGCCGCAAGCACGCUGGAAGGAUCGUUGAGCUUAACCUCAACUCCUUGGGCUUGAUUGGGGGCAUCUCGCCCUUACUGGCCAACCUCUCGUAUCUCCGUGUGCUUGACCUUGGGGAGAACCAACUGAGAGGGCACAUACCCUCGGAUCUCGGUCAUCUUCGCCGGCUUCGGGUAUUGAACCUUACCAUGAACUCGUUGCAAGGCAGCAUUCCUACUUCUUUGAGAGGUUGCACCCAACUCACGAAGCUUAUCCUGGCCCGCAACCAGCUGCACGGUGAGAUCCAAGGUGAGCUCGGUGCCUUGAGAAAUCUUGCCAUCUUGAAACUUCAAACCAAUGCUUUGUCCGGGAAGAUCCCAUCAUCAUUGGGAAACAUGUCAUCCCUUCUCAUAUUGAGUCUAUCAAACAACUCCUUGUCGGGCAUGAUUCCUGCUUCUCUUGGCAAUCUACCAAACCUCAGACAGAUUUUUCUUUCGCAAAAUCGCCUCACCGGGACUAUACCUUCUCCUAUUUGGAACAUAUCAUCUCUUGUUGGCUUUUCUGUACGUGACAAUAAGCUUACGGGGACAAUACCUCCGAAUGCAUUCAAUGACCUUCCUCUUCUCGAGCUUCUCUUUAUGGGGAACAAUAAAUUUCAUGGAGACCUCCCCUCUUCACUUACCAAUGCUACAAGUCUCGUUCAAUUUGAGCACUUCUUCUUUGAUACAACCCCCCCAGAUAUUGGUGAGUUACAAAGCCUCCAAUGGUUAGCUUUGUUCGAUAAUGCUUUACAAGCUAAAAACCCUCAUGAAUGGGAAUUUAUACAAGCAUUAACAAACUGCACCCAGUUGCAAGGUCUAGAAUUGGACAACAAUAGGUUCGGCGGAGCAUUUCCUUCGGCAGUUUCCAAUUUAUCCAUAACACUAUAUCAUCUUUCCCUCACGGGAAAUGAAAUUUCUGGCCAUAUUCCUAGAGAGGUUGGUAACCUUGUCGGUUUAAGCUCCCUUCAGCUACAAGAAAAUUAUAUAACGGGAUCUCUCCCAUCUUCAUUGAGUAUGCUUCAAAAUCUAAGAGUUCUAUGGGUAGGAGACAACAAUAUGGAGGGGCAAGUCCAACCUAGUAUUUUGGGCAAUUUGACCGAGCUAAUUGACUUGUCUCUGCUCUUGAAUGCCUUCACUGGAACAAUCCCAAAUACCAUAGGAAAUAUGGCGUCCUUAUUAAAACUAGACCUCUCUAGCAACAAUUUUACUGGGACAGUCCCUAGCAGCUUAUUCAAUAUCACAACACUCUCAGUAUUUCUGGAUAUUUCAUACAAUUAUUUAGAAGGACCAAUACCACCUGAAAUUGGGAACCUACAAAAUCUUGUAGUUUUUAAUGCCAUGUUUAAUCGGUUCUCAGGAGAAAUCCCUUCUACUCUAGGAAAAUGUCUGAUCCUCCAAAACAUUUUCCUACAAAACAAUUUGAUCAUGGGAAAUAUUCCAUCACUUUUGAGUGGGUUGAAGGGGUUAGAAAUUCUCGACCUCUCAAGCAACAAACUUUCAGGCCAAAUACCAAAAUUCUUUGGAGAUUUUAGUAGCUUGUCUUACCUAAACCUUUCUUUCAAUGAUUUUUAUGGUGAAGUGCCAACAAUUGGUAUCUUUGCAAAUUCUACUGUUGUUUCAGUCCUAGGGAAUAGCAAGCUUUGUGGGGGCGUUCAUGGUCUUCAUUUGUCCCCAUGUCCCAUUCAAAUUUCCAAGCGAAGGCAUAAAUUUCCAAAGCUUGUGAUUAUUGUUUCUCUUGUUGCAACAACAAUAUGCGUCCUCCUACUGCUCCUAUUCUUCCUUGCUUGCCACAAGAAAAGAACGAGGGGGAAUAAUCCAACAAUAUCCAUGCCAGGCCACAAACUUGUCUCCUACCAACAGUUGGCACAUGGAACAAAUGGUUUCUCAACAGCCAAUUUGUUGGGUAAUGGAAGCUAUGGAUCUGUCUACAGAGCAACCUUGCACGAUGACAUAGGUGAGCAAGAAAGCAUUGUCGCUGUAAAAGUACUUAAACUUACAACCCCUGGAGCACUCAAGAGUUUCACAUUUGAAUGUGAGGCAAUGAGAAAUUUACGACAUCGAAACCUUGUCAAGAUCAUAACAACAUGCUCAAGCAUCGACUUCAAUGGGAAUGAUUUCAAGGCGAUUUUGUUUGACUUUAUGCCAACUGGUAGUUUGGGCGAGUGGCUUCACCCUAACUCAAACCACCAACCAGAGGCUAGGCACUUAAGUCUUGCCCAAAGAUUGAUCAUACUCUUAGAUGUGGCUUAUGCAUUGGAUUAUCUCCAUUGCAGUGGAGGUACACCAAUUGUGCAUUGUGAUCUAAAGCCAAGUAAUGUCCUUCUGGAUUCUGAUAUGGUAGCCCAUGUCGGAGACUUUGGACUAUCGAGGAUUCUUGCAGAGGGGUGCUCAUAUUUCCAGCCUUCAACCAACUCGAUGGGAUUCAGGGGGACUAUUGGUUACGCUCCUCCAGAAUAUGGUGCUGGAAAUAUGGUUUCAACACAUGGAGACAUUUAUAGCUAUGGAAUUCUUAUUCUUGAAAUGGUCACCGGAAGGAGGCCCACAGAUGACAUGUUUGAUCAAGGAUUAAGCCUUCACAAGUACGUCGAGGUAGCAUUUGAUAAUAGAGCGAUGGACAUUGCUGAUCCAGAAUUGGUAAAAGAAGUUGAACAUGUCCCAACAACAACAGAUAAUCCAACAAACCAAAGGAAGGUUGACACUCUGAUUUCUCUAUUUAAACUCGGGAUUUUUUGCUCCGAGGAAAUUCCGUCGAGUAGAAUCUCAACCAAAGAUAUCGUGAAUGAGCUGCGCGCAAUAAAAGGUUAA